ACGUUUUUGGGGAUGGGACAUUUUCAUUCGCUCCGAAAUAUUUUGUUCAACUUUAUACUAUUCACGUAUUUAAAAACAAUUUUUAUGUUCCUGUGGCGUUUUGUUUUUUAAGUAACAAACAUACUGAUACUUACAUCAAUAUGUGGAAAACAUUACAAAAUAUAUGUAUUCAAAUUACUGGGCAAAAUUGGUUUAGACAUAUUCAACAACAUAAAUUAUUAUCGAGCGAGUACUUAAACAACGACUCAGAAGUUGGCAAAUGGAUGAAAUGUUUUUUUGGAUUAAGUUAUUUACCUCCUGACGAAGUUUCUGAUGGAUUUUGUGAUCUUAUGUCGAUAGCACCAAGUACUACGUCUAGUAAUAUUUCUAUAUUUUCCGAUUAUAUUUUAGAAAAUUACAUUGCAUCGGACAGCAAUUUUCCUCCAACAUUAUGGGCUUGUAAACCUACUAAUAAUCCCAAGACUACUAAUGGUGCAGAGAGUUAUUACAAACAAUAUAACAGUCAGUUUUACUCUGCUCAUCCGCACAUACAUCAAGUAAUCGACGUCAUUAUUGAAAUUCAAAGUGACACUGAUUUAAAAAUUAAUUCAAUAAACAAUAAAAUCAUAAAUUUCAAAAGAAAAGAGAUAAUUAAUAAGGAGAUACAAUUGGAAAACAUUUGGAAUGAAUAUAAAAAUAAUAUUAUUAAUCGUUUAACUUAUAUAAAGAAAAUCGGACUUAAAUGCCACCAUUCUAAAUUAGUAUAA